AUGACUGGUUUGAAGAGUCAUGACAAUCACAUACUGAUGCAACAACUUCUACCUAUUGCUUUACGUGGUUCAUUGCCAGGUAACGUGGUCAGACCUUUGGUUGAGAUGGGAACAUUCAUCUGGGGCAUAUGUUCAACUACGCUGACACUAGAUGAUUUGUACCGACUCCAAAGUGAAGUUGUGAGUAAUGGGAAGUGCAAGAGCAAUGUACAUCGAGAAGUAGUUAACAAGAAAGCUACAAGGAUUUCUCUGGACAUUGUGAAUGGGCCACCACUCGACACCGUUAUCGGCCCAUCACCAGAGUUGGUGAAGAAGGAAAGCAGCCAACCAAAAUACAUUGAGAUCAAAUAUAAAGAUUACUUGGGACUUCACCAAAGCAACAAGCUUUAUGGUAAAGCCAGCUUGGAUCGCAUACGGAUUUCCAAUGAUGUUAUGUAA